CCAGCAAGCCUUUUAAUAUUCUCGACGACUUCUAAGUCUUUAAAAACUUAAAAUAAUAGAGAAGGAGAAGACAUAAUUUUGAAAUUGCUGUAUAUAUAUAGAUGAAGGGAUGGGAAGAAGUGGAUUCAUACAUUCAUUCGGAAAAGGAAAAUAGGAAAAUAAGAGAUACACAUAAACAAGAGAUCAACCACAAAAUAAACGCUUUGACUUGAGUGCAUCAUGGAAAGUAAAGCUAUUGCAGCUAUUGGAAUUGACCUUGGAACAACCUACUCUUGUGUGGGUGUUUGGCAAAAUGACCAAGUUGAGAUCAUAGCCAAUGAUCAAGGAAAUAGGACUAUGCCAUCUUGUGUUGCAUUCACUACUGAUGGGCGUCUGAUUGGUGAAGGUGCUAAGAACCAAAUUGCUAUGAACUCCACCAACACCAUUUAUGAUGCAAAAAGAUUGAUCGGGAGGAGAUUCAAUGAUGCCAAGCUUCAAGAGGACAUGCAAUUUUGGCCUUUCAAAGUCAUAAAAGGAAGUAACGACAUUCCAAAGAUUGUAGUUUCAUACAAUGGUGAAAAAAAGGAGUUUUCUGCUGAGGAAAUUUCAUCCAUGGUUCUUAUGAAACUGAAAAGUAUUGCAGAGGCGUUUCUUGGUAAAACUGUACAUGAUGCAGUCAUCACUGUUCCAGCUUAUUUUGAUGAUUCCCAACGCCAAGCAACAAAGGAUGCUGGUUAUGUUGCUGGACUUAAUGUUCUACGAUUAAUCAAUGAACCUACCUCAGCUGCAAUUGCUUAUGGAUUAGAUACGAGAAGUGAUAUAACUUGUGAUACAAAUGUGCUUAUCUUUGAUUUGGGCGGUGGUACUUUUGAUGUAUCUCUUGUCACCAUUGAUGUCAGAGGUAAGAUAAAAGUGAAGGCUGUUUCAGGUGACACUCACUUAGGUGGUCAGGAUUUUGAUAACAUGAUGGUGGAGUAUUUCGUGGAGCAAUUCAACAGAAAGCAUAGGACAAACAUGAGCGGGAAUAUAAAGGCACUAGGGCGAUUAAGGGUAGCUUGUGAAAAAGCAAAACGACUUCUCUCUUCAACUACUGAAACUAUUGUUGAACUGGAUACUUUGCAUGAGGGUAUUGAUUUUUUUAUGAGAAUUACUCGUGCAAAGUUUGAAAAUUUGAAUGAAGACUUCUUUAGUAAGUGUAUAGAGAUGGUGGAGAAUUGUUUGGGUGAUGCAAGAAUGAAUGUAAAUGAUAUCGAUGAGGUAGUCCUUGUUGGUGGGUCAACAAGGAUACCUAAGGUUCAAGAAUUGUUGAAAGACUUCUUCAAUGGAAAAGAGCUUUGUAAAAGGAUCCAUCCUGAUGAGGCAGUUGCAUAUGGUGCAACUAUUCUUUCUGCAAAGUUAAGUGGUGAAAGAAGUCAAAAAGUGAACAACUUAGAGUUGGAUGAUGUUGUCCCUCUAUCACUUGGUGUAGCUGUGGUUGAUGGUUCUUUAUCGGUCAUUAUUAAAAGAAAUACCUCAAUACCAACCAACAUGAAAAGAGAUUAUGUUACAUCCCAAAAUAACCAAAGUGCUAUAUCUUUCGAUGUAUAUCAAGGUGAAAGAACUAGGGCUAUUUAUAAUAACUGGUUAGGAAGUUUCGAAGUUUUAGUCCCACUAGCCCCGAAGGGUAUGUCAAAGGUGGAAGUGGUCUUUGAAAUUGAUGAUGAUGGCAUUCUAAAGUGCUCAGGCGAAGAAACAACGACUGGACUAAAAAGGAAGAUUAUAAUUAGCAACGAGAAGAAGAGGCUUUCAAAGGAAGAAAUCAAAAAAAUGCUAGAAGAUGCUGAAAAGUAUAGACGUGAAGACGAGGAGUAUACAAAGAAGAUUUUUGCAUAUAAUGCUUUGGAGGAAUACAUUGACAAUUUGAAUAGAAAAAUAGAGAUCAUGAGAAGUAGAGAUAAGGAUAUGAUCCAUAAAGAAGAAAUAGAAAAAAUAGUAAAUGGGAUAAUGGAUUCAAGAAAAAUUCUUGAUAGAAACAAGGUUGCAGAUUGUGGUAAGUAUGAGAAGACACUAGCUGUACUGAAAAAUGUGGUUGUUCCCGUCAUCGGCCAACUUGCAUCAGCUUUUAUUCAAUACGGUAUGGAUUUUUUCUAAACAACUAAGAUCCUAAAAAAUAAACACAUUAUUUUACCAUACAUAAUAUUAUUAUGGACUAUUUUUUCUAUUUUUAAUAACAUUUGGACAUUGUAUUUUCAAUAUUUAUGUGUAUGUGUGAAACAUUCGAUGAUAUAUUUGUGAAAUUUCAAUUUCUUUUUGUAAAGUUUCUUAUGUC